AACGACGUCGUUUUGUGCGGAAUCAAUGAUAAAAAGUGUUUAUUAAUAUCAAAUAAAUUAUAACUACCUAAAUAAAAUAAUGCUAUAAAUUUAAUUGAAAACCGAUAAAUAAUUAAUUAAAAAUUAUGAAAAAGUGUAAAAAUACCACAUACCAGUGAAAGUGCAAAAUAUUCAUACAUACCUACAUAACUAACAAUUAAACAAAUAUUUACAUAUGUUCACAUAUUUAUAAACAAAUUCAGUGUAAUCAAGUACGAGUAUUAUAAACAACAACAAAAUCGUAUUUAUUUAAAUUAAGCACAAAAUAUUAUUGUCUAUUUUCUGAAUAAUAAUUUAUCUAAAUAAUACAUUAUUCCGACGGUAUUUAAAAAAAAUAUACGAAAAGAGAAACCAAUAAAAGAACCAGAAAAAUAAACAAACAAAAAACAAUUUGGAUCUUAUUUAAUUUGUUUUUAACGUGUCAUUCUUUAAAAAAAACAAAUAUUAUUAAAAUGUGUAACGGUUUAUUCUACUUGCUGUUCAUAUAAAGUGGCUGCUGAUCCAACACAACUGACCUCUCGCUCUCUCCCCCUUUCCAGUACCACUGACUGCUGCUUUACAUUUACGAUAUUAGUUACGGUCAAUCCAAAUUGUAUUGAUUCUGUGGUUGUUGACAGUGUAAAAAUUAGGCGGAAUCAGUGCUUUAAUAAGUUAUUUAACGAGUUUGUUUAUUUUUACAAAAGUUUUAAAAUAAAUCUAGCAAAAUUUUGCACCUAAUGCAACUAAAUACCAUGGACUGCACCGGGCGUUCAAAUAUAAAUGAACGUGAUUCGGAGCUAGGGGAUGAUAUGUCACAUGAUGACCAUUCCGAUGAUGAAAUGCGUGACUGUGAUUCAGUAGAAGGGGAUCACAUCUCUAGAGUAGGAUCGCGCUUAAACACAUCCAUGACAAGUAACGGAGCGGGAACUGUCGGUGAUAUGAGUGGUCCUGAUCAUCCCAAUGAUAUGGCCAUGAGUCAUCAUCAUCAAUUUCCUUCAAACCACCCACUGAAUGCCUUGGGUAGUUUCAUGGGAAUCGGUAGUUUGCACGGUAUUCCAAAUUUACAGCACAAUGAUGUGUUGGAGAAACUUAAAAUGCAAGUACGUGAUAUGAAAGUGGGCCUAAUGGAUCAAGAAUAUGCUGCGGCGCAUGCAGCUGCUUUUGGAUCAAAUGUGUUGCCAACACCAAUAAAUACAGCAUUCACAAUACCACCCACAACAAUGGCAUCAUUCACACAUGCCGCACAGACUCUGGCUGCUCAAGCCGGUAACAAUAUAAAUUCACAUUUGAAUGUAAAUUCUUCGUCUUCAGUGGGAGGACCAUCGGUACCCAAUGGCAGUCAUAAUAGCUUUUCAUUUACUUCCCCAACGGCACCCAGUUCAAAAGAUGUAAAUCCUGCCUCGAAUUCAUCAACAUCAAGCGAAACAUCAAAUUCUUCACAACAGAACAAUGGCUGGAGCUUUGAAGAGCAAUAUAAACAAGUUCGACAGUUGUACGAGAUCAAUGAUGAUCCGAAGCGUAAAGAGUUCCUUGAUGAUCUGUUUUCAUUUAUGCAAAAAAGAGGCACACCCAUCAAUCGUUUACCAAUAAUGGCAAAAUCAGUGUUGGAUCUUUAUGAACUGUAUAAUUUAGUGAUUGCUCGAGGAGGUCUCGUCGAUGUUAUUAACAAAAAGCUGUGGCAGGAAAUCAUAAAGGGACUUCAUCUGCCAUCGAGUAUAACAAGUGCAGCGUUCACACUACGUACACAAUAUAUGAAAUAUUUGUAUCCAUAUGAAUGCGAGAAGAAGAAUCUAAGUACGCCAGCAGAAUUACAGGCUGCAAUUGAUGGCAACCGUCGGGAAGGACGUCGUUCCAGUUAUGGUCAAUAUGAGGCAAUGCACAAUCAAAUGCAAAUGCCUCAAAUGGCUCGCCAAUCUUUGCCAGGCGGCAUGCAACAGAUGUCUCCGUUAGCUUUGGUAACACAUGCGGCUAACAACCAACAAGCACAGGCAGCAGUAGCUGCUGCAGCUGCACACCACAGACUGAUGGCUCCCUCGUUUGGUCAAGUUCCGAAUUUGGUAACACAGGAAAUUGAGCAGCGUAUGAUCGAGUAUUUGAAGCUAAUUCAAGUUAAGAAGGAACAAAAUGCUAUGAGCAAUGGUGCGGGACCUAUGGGUCUUUCGCCGCACCACCAGCAUCAUCAGCAGCAACAACAACAGCAACAGCAGCAACAACAACACCAACAGCAGCAGCGUCAGAGAUCUCAAAGUCCCGAGAUAAAUACAAGAGAAGCCUUGAAUGCGUUGGAAAUGUCACGUGUGGCAUUGUGGCAAAUGUACCAUAACAACACCAGCCCACCAGCUUCUGUCAACACUUCACCACAAGGUGGUGGCAACGUAAAUAGUGGUGGAAGUAAUGAUGUUGUUAGCGAAGCACAACGUAGCGAGGCUUUAAACCUCUCGGAUUCACCACCAAAUCUGACCUCAAUAAAGCGUGAGCGUGAGCGCGAACCCAGCCCGGAAAUGAAUGAACAGAAUGAUUUUCACCACCAACCUCCUCCUGCUAAACGUGCCGGAUUUCCUGCCAGUUUCUAUUUACCACCCGGCAUGAGUGACAUGGCGGCUGCUGCCGCAGCGGCCAACUUUCACUAUAAAGGUGGCCAGCACGAUUCCGAUGCUGAGGCUGACGAAGAAAACGACGAUGACGGAUGCGACCAUAAUACAACAGCAAAUUCGUCGCACGAUGACCCCAACGAACGCCAGCAUUUAAAUGGCAGUUCGCUGCGAGCACCUCGACAUCAUGGCAGUAACAGCAGUGUUCACAAUGACAAGUCUGACGAUUCGGCCAUUGAAAAUUCCCCUUCCACCUCAGCGGCAUCGGCCGGUAAUGGUCACAUUUCACCCAUAUCUACUAAGAAAAUUCACUUGUCAAAGCAGACUCAACAGCAACACAACACAGCAACGGUCAACACUAACACUAACACCGCUGACAAUAUGACGACGGGUAACUCUACCUCGCUGGAUCCAUUCGAGGCAUUGAACUUGCUCUCUGGAAUGCAAUUUCGUCUAACACGAAAAGGUACUAAUUCCGACGGCGAACAAGAGUUAGUGGUUAACCUUGAACUAAACGGCAUUAAAUACUCUGGUAUACUUAUUUCAAACACCUCAAAACUGGCAACAUCAAUAGCGGCGACAUCAACCGAAACAACGACGUCGACGACAACGAUGUCGUCAAUCAGCAACAACAAAAAUGUCAACAAUUCCAAUAAAAGCGAUAACAAUAUUGUAAACAUUAGCCGUAAGAACGGCACUCACAGCCACACUCCCACCAACAUCAUUAACAAUACCAAUGAAUCAGGCAAGGAUUUAGUCGUUGCCAUGGAUGCAGUGGAAGACACAAGUGCAUUGACAAUGCGUGAUACUGAAACACCACCAAACACAUCCAUGACAGCAACACCACCAGCAAUAGCAACGAAUCAAACAAAUGCUGUCAUAGCAAAUGGUCCCAACAGUAGCACUAACCCACUCAAGGAUGCCCUAAUAACAUCAUAGAAACAACACACACUCUCAUACCCACACACACAAACACUCAUACACACGCUUACAAAUAGACAGACGACGUAUGUAUAUAAUCAAGUUGUUGAAUAGAGUUAAACAAAGACCUUGAGUACUGUGUUACUGUUCAACAAAAAAAGUAGGAAACGAACAAAAAUGAACUGUCGGAAGCAUGUAAAUAGAGAGAUGGAAAAAGUAAAGUUAAACUGGAAAAAAGCGAAAAAAAAACGAAAAAAUUACUACAUUAACAAGCAGGUAAACAAGUGACUGACAAGAAUCAAACAUAAUUUUAAACUUGGAAAUUCAUUUAAACAACUAAGUAUAACGACAACAAAAAUGAUUCGAAGAGUGAGAAGGAUACAGCAGAAAAUAACAAAGAAAUAUAAACACGCCACACACAGCCGCAUACAUACAAGUAUAUUUGCUUACAUUUACGCAAGUAUCCAAGGACGAGCAUAAUGAUCAAGAGAACUUGGUAUGUCCAGUGGUAUUUAACCUUAAUGUUGCUGUUGCUAUUGCUAUUGCUGCUGCCGUUGUUGCUUUCGCUAUAUGUUACAUUUCAAAGAGGAGCAACACAAAAUAAAAAAAAUACAACAAACGAAAAGGACUUGUUGCCCUGAAGUAAAAUACUACGUAUUUCAAUUACGUAUGUUUGUUUGGUAGUUGGAUGAUUCUGGAUGGAUUUUCUAGCCAAAUACCUUAAUGUAUAUGUUCGAUGUAUGUAUAUGCAUGUGUAGGGGAAAAAGGUCCUUAAAAGUAGACAUCGACUCUACUCAAAUAAGUUUAUACCAAAGGAAAGUUAGCAAAACAAAAAAUAAUAACAGAAAAUAAUAAAACUAAAAUUCUAUUAAAACCACAAGAGCAACGACAACAACUACUACAACUCUACAGCAUGACAUAUGAUUUUUAAUUAAAACAAAAACAACAGAAAAAUUAAAAUAAUACAAGGGAUCCAAUUCAUCCAGCCACUCACUCACUCAUUUCCACUCCAUUCACAUGCCAUAAAUACACACGUGUGUAGCAACAGACACACACACACACACUCACAUCUACCAAUGCUGCGAUAGUAUUGUUUGGAAAUGAAAAUUUUGUAAAUAUUUGCAUUUGUUUGAAGGAUCAAACAAAAAUUGUAUUUAAGUUUAAAAAACUCUAGCCUUAAUCUAACAUUUUCAAUUAUUUCCAUAAUUAAGAAAAUAAAGAAUUUACAAAAGUUAAAAAAAUAAAAAACCUUAAAAAAAACGUAUUAAAUAACAUUCAAAUACAACGUAGACCGACUUUAUAUACAGUCAAAAUACCCCCUAUAAUUAUAUUUAC